AUGACUCAAACAUCUAGCAAGCAAAAGGCCUUCGACAUCGCCAUCGUCGGUGGCGGUAUCGCAGGUCUCACUCUCGCCAUCGCGCUCCACCGUCGCAACAUCCCCGUCACCCUGUUUGAGCGAGCUGAAAACUUUCACGAGAUUGGCGCUGGAGUCUCAUUCACUCCCAAUGCCGUACAGGCCAUGAAGGUCUGCCAUCCAGGUGUCAGCGAAGCUUUCUACAAAGUCUGCACCUGGAACUCCUGGGAGUCUAAGAAAAAGACGUGGUUCGACUUUCUCGACGGCACCACCGAAGAUGACAAGACUGCCUUCAGCAUUAAGACUUCCUUGGGUCAGAAUGGUGUCCACAGAGCUCAUUUCCUCGACGAACUUAUCCAUCUGCUACCGUCAGAGAGAGUGCAAUUUGGAAAACAGAUUGAGCAGGCGGAAGAAGACUCCGAUGGCAAGAUUCGCAUGACCUUUUCCGAUGGGACAACAGCAUAUGCUGAUGCACUUAUUGGAUGUGAUGGCAUUGGAUCUCGUGUCCGCAAGAUAAUCGUGGGAGAGAACCACCCAUCUGCGCGACCUCAAUAUUCUCACAAGUACGCUUAUCGCGGUCUGAUACCCAUGGACAAGGCCAUCGAGGCUGUUGGUGAGGAGAGAGCCCGAAAUGCGUGCAUGCAUAUGGGUCCUGAUGGUCAUAUACUCACAUUCCAAGUCAACCAUGGCGAGAAGUUAAACAUCGUCGCCUUCCGGACAGACCCAAACGAGUGGGACAACCCUAGCAAGAUGACAAAGACUGCUCACCGUCAAGAUGCUCUUGAUGAUUUCAAGGGCUAUAACAGCCUUGUGCGAAAUCUCCUAGCACUGACGGACGAGACACUGAGCGUUUGGGCCAUCUUCGACACUGGCGAUAACCCCGUGCCGACAUUCUAUAAGGGUAGAAUUGCGAUCCUCGGCGACGCUGCCCAUGCCACAAGUCCCCACCACGGCGCGGGAGCAGGGUUUUGCAUAGAAGACAGUGCCGUCAUGGCCGAGCUGUUGGCAGAUGAAAGAGUGCAGAGCCGCUCAGACCUUGAGAGGGCGUUUGCAGCUUAUGACGAGUCAAGACGGGAAAGGACGCAAUGGCUCGUGCAGAGCAGCCGAUUUGUUGGCGAUGCUUACGAGUGGCGAGCCAAGGGUGUCGGCAAAGAUAUUCCUGGGAUCGAGAGGGAGAUCAACGAGAGAAUUGGGGUCAUUUCGAAUGUUGAGAUUGCCAAGUCUUGUGAGAUGGCGAGAGAGUUGCUGGCUUAA